CACGAAUAUCAAGAAUAUUUUUUUUCCUUUUUUCUUUUUUCCACCAAAAAUAUUCUUUAUUUUUUGCCAAAAAAUAUUUCCUAAUUUUAGAUCUUUCUUCUUCUUCCAUUUAUUACACCCUUCUAUUCUCAGUUUUUUUUAAUUUUUAUUUUAUUUUAAUGGUCAGUCCUUUCUUUCUUCUUUGUUCAGAGAGGGAAGAGAGGGAGGAGGAGGAAGAGGAGUGUGUUGUGUUGUGUUGUCUCUCUGUCUCUGAUACACUUACUUUUUUCCCAUCCAUUCAAUUUCAUUGAAACAAGCAGGACCCAUGUUUUUAUGAACGAUGGAUUAUUUAACACAUUUCCUAGGGCUCAAAAAGAUGAUUUCUUGAUGUGGGGUUUCAUGGGGUGAACUCAAGGUAUCAAUGGGUAGCUUCAGUGAUGAUGAAGGGGAAUGUCGAUUUUUCGAUGCCCCGGAUAGUAUUUCACAGGUCUCUGAUUUGGGUUCUAACUGUACCCCAAUUCCUGAAUCUGGCUCUGGGAUUGACAAUGGUGUUAGCUAUGAUGAGUGGAUUAAAACCCCCAGAAGUGUUGUUGAGCGGCGUAGGCAAUUCCGUUGUUGGAUGGGUUUAAGUUUGGAUGGAAUGUCUGGAGAAGAUCCAGUAGAUAUAGGUGGAAGCUCCAGUUUAUCUACUUGGGAGAUUGAAAGAAUUAUGGAGAGUAGUGGAGCCGUAUUACGAACCUCAAUUCAUAAGGACAAUUUUACUUCUUACCGGUCUUCUAUGCCUGGUUUGUGUGGGGAUGCUUUGGAUUCAUCUAAACAGUUGGGUUCAAAUCAGAAUUUCCCAUGUAGAAGUGGCAAUGCUGAUAGUGGAAUUGGGUGCAAUGUACAUGUUCAGGCAGAGAAUGGCCAGCAAAGCAACAACAGAGAUGUCAGAUUGGAACGACUGCUAAUGUCUCGUGAGCCUGAGAACUCUUCAUGUAUGUCCCCUGUGAUUGGGGAACUUGGACAUGAAGAACUGGAUAAAAAUGGAGACACUCCGAAGAAACUAAAUGGAGUUAAGAGUCGAUUAUUAAGUAGGCUACGGUCGUUUUCGUGCAUAGCAAAUGCCGAAGGGAGAUGUCUUGAUUUGAAGGACAACAGCUCCAAUCCUGUUGAGAGGUCUAGAGUUCAGAGGGUUAAAGUUCACCAUUGUAAGAAGCGGUUAAAGGACCUCUCUGCUCUUUUCAUGGGGCAGGAUAUCCAGGCUCAUGAGGGUUCAAUUUUAACUAUGAAAUUCAGUUCUGAUGGGCAGUACCUAGCUAGUGCUGGUGAAGAUAAGGUUGUGCGUGUGUGGCAAGUGGUUGAAGAUGAGAGAUCCAAUGAAUUUGAUAUUCCAGAGUUGGAUCCUUCAUGUAUGUAUUUCACGGUGAAUCAUCUUUCUCAACUGGCUCCUCUGGUGACAGAUAAAGAGAAAAGUAGUAGUAAGUUGAGGGGCCUUAAGAAAACAAGAGACUCUGCCUGUGUCGUUUUCCCCCCAAAGGUCUUUCGAAUUCUGGAAAAACCACUGCAUGUGUUCCAAGGCCAUACUGGGGAGAUAUUGGAUCUCUCGUGGUCAAAAAAUAAUCAGUGUUUGCUCUCAUCCUCAACUGACAAAACUGUUCGACUGUGGCAAAUUGGACAUGAUCUGUGCCUCAGAGUUUUUUCACAUAGUAAUUAUGUGACUUGCAUACAGUUUAACCCUGUGAACGAUGAAUACUUCAUCAGUGGAUCAAUAGACGGGAAAGUUCGAAUUUGGGCUGUUAACAGCUGUCAAGUAUUGGAUUGGACGGACAUCAGAGACAUAGUCACCGCUGUUUCCUAUCGUCCUGAUGGAAAGGGUGGGAUUAUUGGCUCUAUGGCAGGCAGUUGCCGCUUUUUCAGUUUGGAAGGUCAUGAGAUCCAAUUAGAGGAGCAGAUGUGCUUGGCCAGUAAAAAGAAGUCAAUUUGCAAAAGGAUUACUGGCUUUCAGUUUUUUCCACAAGAUCCAUCUAAAGUUAUGGUUACUUGCGCUGACUCUCACGUCAGAAUCCUAGAUGGUAUCAAUGUGAUCGGCAAGUACAAAGGUCCGCGAAAUGCAGGAAACCAUCUCUCUGCCACUUUCACCUUAGAUGGGAAGCAUAUUAUCUCAGCGUCUGAAGAUUCUAAUGUCUAUGUAUGGAACUGCGACGUUCCCAAAGAUUAUGUAUCGCAACCUAAAGUGGUGAGGUCAUCUGAGUUCUUCUCCAGUGAUUCCUCUAUUGCAAUACCUUGGUCUGGCUUGAAAACUGUAAAUCCAGAUAAUGGACGGCAUUCUGGAGGAGGACUAAGCCAAACGUCAAAUGACAUAUUACCCUUCAUUUCUUCUCCUUAUCUUUCCUUGGGCAACGAGCUGUUCCUUGAGGCAAUUCCAAAAGGAUCAGCAACCUGGCCUGAAGAGAAGCUUCCUGUGUCAAGUCCUCGGUCAGUGUCUUCUGGGAUGUGCAGAUCUGAAUACAAGUUUCUGAAAAGUUCUUGCCAGAGUUCAUCCAAUUCUCAUGCCUGGGGAUUAGUUAUUGUUACUGCUGGCUACGAUGGUCGAAUAAGAUCAUUUCAUAAUUAUGGGUUGCCUUUGCCACUUUGAGUAGUAGGUACUAUACAGGGUUUUCUGGAACUGGAAGUUAUCUCCUCUUUCGGAGCCCCAUGUGGGAUAAUUUAUGUUUUGGGCUGCCCUGCUUGAGAACAUCCUCUUUUCAUCCGGGCUUCAAUUGAAGAAUUCAACAGUUCAUGUUUGCAAGUGAAGUUUUACUGGCCCCUCUAGGUAUUUUACAUGUCCAGAGUAGGUGGUUAUGUGCCGAGCUCUUGCCACUAAUUGGUAAAUAUCUUCUGGUUUAUCUAUCUCGGCUUUGUUCUGGAGAAAUCCUAUAAUUCUAACUUAUUGGAGAUGGAUAUCUGCUGCCAAUGAUGGGAUAUAUACUUGCACAAGUAGAGAUCCUUUUAUAUAAAUGUAUCCUGUUUUACUGCGGGAUCAUUUCUGUUCUACUGGGAAAAAGCUGUUGGUAGCUCGUCAGAAUGAUUGAACUAUUUUAUCUGCCAUUUGGUUCAACGAAGACGGGAUUGGCCACAUGACACUAGAGAAAAGGCUAGGUGGGAAGCUCUUGGUGCACUGGUUUUCUAGCUGCGGAAUUGUACAUGAAUCUGAGUUUACUACAAAUGUGAUAAUAUUUCCAGGCAAGUGCUCUCUCUAGCAAGUGCUUUUUCUGGUAAAAGUGGGAGUUAAGAGGGGUAUGCCGGUGACCCAGGAUUACACUAACGUAUAGAUGUCCAUUCCAUUUUAUAGCUUUAUAUGAUAGAUUUAGUAGUUUCAAUCUUUGAAAAAGAAAAAAAGAAGUUAGAUUUAGUAGUGUCAUAGUGUUGAUGAUGAAUCAACCCGUAUGAAAUUUGACUCAUCAUGUCAAUUGUUAGUUCUGUACAGUAGUUGUAGUUAGUGUAUAUGCAUUGAGUUAUAAGGGCUCUCCUACAAAGUAAAAAUUACAUCAACUGAACCUUGUGUUGAGGUUCAUCAAUUUUUGUAUCCAA